AUGGCUAAAUUAAGAAUGUUGACCUGUGACCAUCCAGUUUCGCCGGAUCGGUACAACAAUCGAAUUGGUGUCGUACAAAAUCAGAAAGCACUCGUGAAUGCUCUAAUCGAACGCUGGCCCCCUGAUACACAUACGUUUCACCUUCCAAUUGGUGAAUGUGCCGUAACUCUUGAAGAUGUGGCUCUAAUUCUUUGUCUUCCGACGGAUGGUCUUCCAGUUACUGGGAUGACAACGAAUAGUUUCUCAACGUUGGAGGCGGAGUGUUUGCAUCAAUUUGGAGUUGCACCGCGUAAGUCGGAGUGUAGAGGAUGCUGCAUAAAACUGACUUGGCUGCGGGAUCUAAAAGAAAACAUGCAGUUGAAUGAUGGAAUAAGUAUACAGAGGUAUGUGAAGUGCCACAUUAUGUUGCUAAUCGGGACGAUCUUGUUUGGGGAUAAAUCUGGGGCAGGUGUGUACUGGAAGUUUCUACCCUUGCUUCGUGAUUUUGCCAGUAUUGGACAGCAUAGUUGGGGAUCGGCAUGCCUAGCACACCUCUACAGGGUGUUAUGCAGGGCAUCUCGUUAUAACUGUAAGGAAAUAGAUGGUUCAAUAACACUUCUGCUCGAUUGGGCUUGGAUCCGACUGCCAUAUCUAUCGCCGCUUCCCAGGGAACCCCACAGUGGCGUAACUGGGAGCGUGGUGACCGACGAUAUAGAUAUCUAA